CAGAGGAACCGGAGGAGAGAAACAACCAGAUUUAACGGCAGGAAACUGACUCUCACACAUUUACAGUACACUUUACAGUACACCUCCCCUAGAAACACCCUGUACCCGCGGGAUUAUCCCACAACACGUCGUAAUUUAUCGUAACACAGCCAUGCUAUUUUCACUUCUCUACAUUUUGGUUUCUUCGUAGGCGGAAGAAGCUGUGUUUGAAAAAAACACCAUUCUCCCUGUAUCAGUGCACUACAGAGGGUACACACACCGCGGCUCCAGCGCCCUACCGAGCCCACUGUGAGAGCGGCGGGAAGGGGUUUGGGACGCGGCCAGGGAGAGCGCGCGAGGGAGAGAGAGAGCGAGAGAGAGCGCGAGGUGUCGCGGGAGACAUUACCGUCGCUAUGGACUGGAGCAGCGCUCGAGCUCUGUGUGAGGUUCUCUUCAUAAUACACAGUGCUGCAUGUUUGAGUGAAAUACCAUCACCACAGCGUGUCAAAGUCAACUUGUCAGUGUUAAUCUGGGAUCGUCCAAAAAACUACACUAACAUCACAUACGCUGUUCAGUCCAACACGACGCUGAGCGACUGGCGUGACGUGUACACUGGCCCCCAGCAGCAGUUCAACUUCACAGCUACGGCUGAAGAUUUCUAUGGGAAGAAGUUCCGUGUGCAAGCCAAGAAGGGGAACCAAACCUCAAAAUGGGUGGAGUCACGGCUAGUCCAGUGUGCACACCUUCACACCUGUGCCCCUGUAAUUCAGCUGAAGGUGGAGAGAGACAUGGUGCACCUGUGGAUGAAACACAGAGACUCGAGUCUGAAGGCAAAUGAAGGUGGACACAUUGAGUUCAGACCUCUGUACUGGAAAAGAAACAGCACCAAUGAUAAACAGGAGCCUGGAUUCAACUCUGACUACCUCCUCAUUAGAGACCUUGAGCCGGGACAGGAGUACUGCUUCCAGGUUGAGUAUUUGCUUUUCCACAAGCCCCAUGGAAAGCCCAGCCGGGAAAUCUGUGCAGUGAUCCCUGAAACAUCCAAACAGAGAAGCCUGCGUUUUGUCAUGUACGGUGUGCUCGUGGUAGUGCUGCUGGCUAUCCUGGGAGGUUUCCUGUAUUUUGUCCACACGCAUUACAAAAGAAUUAAAGCACUGCUUCAGCCCCCUCUGGACAUCCCUGAGCACAUUCAAGAGUUCAUUUUCAGGGAGCUCCCUGAGUUUCCCCUUCCUGAGCGCCAGGUGACGGAGUCGUACGACUUGGUGAGUUACGUCGAGGAGGUUGCAGAAGACCAGGACAGAUAUAAUUUGGAAAAUGACAGAGAACAUGUGUGCUCCACGUAGUCCUGCCCUGAGGAACUUGUGAGAUGUUUUAACACUGUCUUUGUAUACUUUAUAUUUUCAUUCAUUGAUUUGGUGCAAUAGUGCCCCACCAUCAGGGAGUUCGUUUAGUUUUUUUUUAGCAUUAAAAUGCAUGCAAAGUGUUAAUUUUUUAACCAGUUGCACUUGAUUGUUCGACUGUUAAAAAGUGAAUAAUUUUGGAAGAGUUAAAGUGUUCCCAAAGGAGCCAGCCUCAUGACCAGCUUCCUGAUUUGCUGUUUUUGUUGGCUAAAUACGUAUAGGUGAAAUCUUUAGAUAAAUGAAAUAAUCCUUCUGCAGGUUUAACUGUUGGUUUAACUGUUAAGUUGUGCAGAGCUAUUUUGAAAUUGUGUGUGUGUGUGUGUGUGUGUGUGUGUGUGUGUGUGUGUGUGUGUGUGUGUGUGUAAGAGAAAGGUGACUAAUAGAUUAUAAGAUGCACUUCGACACUUUAAAUUCGGCCUGUUUUGAGUGACGAUCAUUACCUGCUGCAAUGUGGAAUUGUUAUACUGUGAACAGAACUGUGCGUGACACAAAGGUCAAAAUAUGAUUAUCGAACGACCUGAUGACAUAUUAUUCGUUUGUCACAGUCUGUCCCUAUAAAAUUUAGCUGAUUGGAAAACAUCAUUAUAAACAGGUUCGUGGAGGGACUUUUCUCAUGUCCACCUGGUACACUAGUUCUAAUUGAAGUCUGUUUCAGUUGUGACACUUUAAAAGUGAACAUGAGCCUCAUUUAUCAAGCAGGAUGUAAAUUCAUUUAUUCUUAAAAACUUUAUAUUAAAGUAUACACGUUAUAUAUAAAGUAUCAUGUUUACAGAAGGAUGUUGUUUUUCAUGAAAAUCUCAUUCAUAAAAGUUGAUAAAUGUACAUAUGAGGAGAUAAACUGAUUCCUAACCCUCGACUCAUCAUAUGUAUAUCAAGCGUAUCACUGACUUUAAAUCUCUUAUGUUUAUGAGGUUUACAAUGUUUAUUCAGAGCGACUUAUUGUAUUAAGGUGUUUUGGAGCCUUCAGAAGCAAACAUAAAGAAUAUUUCAUUAAAAACACUCAUUUUAUUUUUAGUGGCAUUAAUUAAAGAACAGAAAAAAUAAAGAAAGUGAGCCAAAAAAACAUAAAUUAGGACAAAUAAAACAACUCAUGCAUGCAACAUCUAAUUAUGACUAAAAAGACAUGCACUUACAGAGGGUUUAGUGCUAGAUCAAUAAUGAUUUUAUUAUUCGAUAUUAUUAAAUACUUUUUAACUAAUUUCCACUUCUGCCUUUCAGUCUUUACGUAGAUCGUUCAUUUCGUGCUCCCAGGUCUCUGUGCUCUUGGCCUUUUAUGGAAACAUUUAACAGACGUUUCAAUUCUGCUGGAAAAUUUUAGAUUAUGAAAAACAAUCACACACAUUUUACCUGAAAGAUUGAUAAAUGAGGCCCGGUGUAAAAAAAGAUCUAUACGAUGACAUGCUGCACCUGGUUGUUGUGAACUACGUUGCUGCACCACUGAAAAAAUCAUCUAUCAUGUUUGUAAUAACACUUUAUGCAGCAUUUGUUCAUAACCUCCACAGCUAAGCAACAUGUUCUAAAUGUAUAAAUACAGUAAGAUCAUUUCAAGAUCUUAAAAUCAAGCACUAAAAGAGAUUUAUUGAGGAACGGGGUCGCGACCCAUCCUGAGCCUGAGAAGCAGUUCAUUUUGGCAGAGUUAAAAUCACAGCCACUAAAAUCUUCAGCGCUGAUUUGUCUUCUAUAAAUCUUUUGUAAGCAGGACAUUCGUCACAUGCAGCAAAUGUACAGCAUUUGGUUAUUUUGGACAUGCGUACUUUAGCCUUUAUUGUAAUAGCAUUGAUUUUUCUUGUGUUUUGUUUGCUGCUUAGUACUGUUCAUAUUUUAUGUCCUUGUUUCUGAGAAUCAGUUAUUGUUGAUGCACCAGGUUUUUUUUAUAUGCAUUGAUUUCCAUAUAUUUUCACAUUUUAUGUUUUAUCUUUGUAUUCACUAACUAAACACAUUCUUUUUGCUGUGUGAAAAUAAUAAAAAUGUGAAUGUUUGUAGAAAA